AUGCUACUUUUAACAGCUAGGGUUUCAAAUCGAGCUCCGGGCUUCUUUCUAGGGUUUUGCUUCCCUGAAGGAGUUUCUGUUAGGGUCCCUUGUUGUGUUCUUUGAAUUUAUCCUUUUUAUUUUUCUUUUUUCUUUUUUUUUGUUCGGUGGCAUCCUUCUAGGGUUUUUUGAUAAUUCUAUCUACGUCUAUAAUUCGUUUCUUUCCCUGUUUCAUUUGCCCUCUCCGCCCGUUAUUCGUGAGAUUUCAAGCUUCUAAACUCUGAGAGAAUGCCUCCCCGAGCGGUGAAGAAGGGAACGGCGGCGCCUGGACCGAAGAGAACGCCCAGGGCGACGAAGGGGACGCCGAAGUCCCAGAAUCAACAGGAAGUUACAGAAGAAACAGUGAAGGUUGAAGAGGUUUCGGUUUCUGUGGUCGAGGUUAAGGAAGAGGUAAAGGUGGAGCGGGUUAUUGAAGAAAAGCCGGAGGAGAGGACUGUUGAUCCUGAACCUGAAGUUAAACCCGAGACAAACGGACCUGUUUCUGCGAAAGAAGAACAUGAUGUGAAGGAGCUUUUUGAUGAAGAUGACAAAGCUGAGCGAUUAGAGCUGGAGGAUAAUGAGCCAGAAUAUGAAGCUGAAGAGGAUGGUGGAGUGGAUUAUGAUGAGAAGGAAAAUGAACACGAGGAUGUCCAGGAGGAGGGAGAUGAAGGUGAGGAAGAGGCUGAGGAGGGUGAUGUGGGUGAAGAAGAGGAAGGUGAUAUGGUUGAGGAGGAAAUGGAAGACAUUGCUGAGGGAGCUGAAGGUGAAGAGGAUGAAGAUAAUGGAGAGGAGGAGCAUGAAGAGAUUUUUGAUGAAGAGGAGGAAGAACAUCAUGAAGUUGUUAAGGAGAGACGAAAGCGCAAGGAGUUUGAAAUUUUUGUUGGAGGCUUGGACAAGGAUGCGACUGAAGAUGAUCUUCGGAAGGUCUUCAGCCAAGUAGGUGAAGUUACUGAAGUCAGGCUUAUGAUGAACCCUCAGACUAAGAAAAACAAGGGGUUUGCAUUCUUGCGUUUUGCAACUGUAGAGCAAGCAAAACGAGCUGUUACAGAGCUCAAGAAUCCAGUGGUAAAUGGUAAACAAUGUGGUGCAUCUGCAAGCCAAGACAGCGAUACCCUUUUCCUCGGCAACAUAUGCAAGACAUGGACUAAGGAAGCUUUGAAAGACAAGUUAAAGCUUUAUGGAGUUGAGAAUAUUGAGGACUUGACAUUGGUUGAAGACAGUAACAAUGAGGGAAUGAAUCGUGGGUUUGCCUUUUUGGAGUUCUCUUCUCGUUCAGAUGCCAUGGAUGCUUAUAAGCGCCUGCAGAAGAGGGAUGUUGUUUUUGGAGUUGAUAGGCCUGCAAGAGUUUCUUUUGCCGAUUCUUUCAUUGAGCCAGAUGACGAGGUUAUGGCACAGGUUAAAACUGUGUUUGUGGAUGGUUUGCCUGCUUCAUGGGAUGAAGAUCGUGUAAAGGAAUGUCUCAAGAAAUUUGGAGAGAUUGAAAAGAUCGAACUUGCUCGUAAUAUGCCAUCGGCCAGGAGAAAGGAUUUUGGCUUUGUAACUUUUGGAACCCAUGAUGCAGCAGUGGCUUGUGCUGAAGGCAUUAACAAUGCAGAGCUGGGCGAGGGAGACAAUAAGGCAAAAGUAAGGGCUAGAUUAUCAAGGCCACAUCGGAAAGGUAAAGGUAAGCGUGCCCUUCGUGGUGAUUCCAGGUAUGGGCGAGGUUCUUCACGAGUUGUCAGGGGUGCCUGGGGUCGUCCAUUGCGUGGCCUAUCUGGACGUGGGCCAAGAGGAAUUGGGGCACGUCUACCCCCAGUUAGUGGUCGUGGACUAAAGAGGCCAGUAGGAUUUAGAGAUAGACGUCCUGUUAUGGCUGCACCUGCAAGAGUUAGGCCCUUGCCUCCUCCCCCUCGAAGAGCUCCUGUUCCUUCCUACCCAAAGAGCAGUUCAAAGAGGGAUUAUGGUAGGCGUGAAGAGCUUCCUCCAAGAAGUAGAGCGGCUGCAGAUUAUGGUUCCAGGGUUGUUACUGAGAGGCGGUCAUCCUACAGGGAUGACUAUCCUUCCCGUGGACCUGGCUAUGCUGACGAUGUUCCACCACGAAGCGCUUCACGAACUGCAGCAAGGAGGCCCUAUAUGGAUGAAGGCUAUGCACGGAGGUUUGAAAGGCCUCCACCAAGUUAUCGUGAAGGCCGUGCACGUGAAUAUGAUUCACUAUCUGGGGCAAAACGUUCAUAUUCUGCAUUGGAUGAUGUUCCUCCACGUUAUUCUGAUGCUGGUGUUCGUCAGUCAAGAGCUCGCUUAGACUAUGGAGUUAGUAGCAGUGCCUCCCAAUACGGGGAUGCAUAUGGUGACAGGCUUGGGAGAUCUCAAUUAGGAUACGGCAGCAGCCGGAGUUCUCUCUCAGGUCAGGAAUCACAUGGACUCUAUGGUGGUCGCCAGGGUAUGGGUUAUGGUGGAGGUUCUUAUGGUAGCAGUGAUGUUGGUGGAAUGUAUUCAUCAAGUUAUGGCAGUGACUAUAUGUCUCGUGGGCCUGAUGUUGGUGGUGGCUCAUAUUCAUCGUUAUAUUCAAGCCGUGGGUUGGGUGGCAGUGGUUACUUGGGCAGUAGUGGUUCUGGAUCUUAUUAUUGAGAGAGGGAUCUUCAGCCUUCAGGGAUGGGGGAUGCAGAUUGCAGAAUUCUCCAGUGGGCAUAGGCACUAGACAUAACAGAAUUCUCCACAUUGCGCCGGUGCUGAUGCAGAUUGCAGAACGCCUCUUGCUUGAGACCAUUUGCACCUCCUGGUUCUGUAGGGGGGAAAGGAAAAGACAACAUUGGGAAAUGCGAGUCCAAAAUUGUACCGCCAUCCUCAACAACCAUGUUAUUAUUCAAUAUUUAUUUAUUACCAAAAAUACAAAAGUGGUGUGCCCCCUCACCUGGGACCUGGGAGGCUGGAAGCCUGGAACUCUCUUCUCCACAUGGGAACAUGGUUUUUAAAACUGGACCGGACCGGAAAAACCGAAAUCGGUCAGGUGACCGGUUCCAUUUUACUCUAGAACUGCUAUAUUCCCAGUAACCAUUGAUUUGGUUAGCAAACCGCUGAUCCGGGCAGUCACUGUUUGAACCAUUCAAUAGUUUGACCGAUUUUUAUUUUUUUUUAGAAUGGGCCAUUCAUUCAGUUCGAACGGUCAUACCACUCGACCCAAAAACCGGACCCCUAACUGAUUUGUUGUCCGGUUUGGUUCUAAAAAACCUUGCCUGUGAAGCGGGGAACUCUGGUCACCUCAUUCCAUUUUCUUGGUGCAAAGAAAUCCCAUCCAUAAACCAAUGUCAAGAAACAAAUAUGAUGUGAAAGUUCAGAUCAAGCCCACCAGAGCUUCUUGCUUAAUUGGACGAACCUUUGACACUUGAGAAUUACUUAAAAGCUAUCUUCUCAAUAAUUAUGGGUCAUUUUGCAAGUAUAAGAGUAUGGAGAA